AUGACAACAUCAUCGAAUUCGAGCCACUCGGCUCCAUCAUCACCUCAUUCACCUGUAAGUUCUGAAGCUCCAUCGAAUUCUCAAUGUCCGGUCAAUCCAGAAGCUGAAGUUGAGAAAGGAAAUGGGAACGAGAUUGUUGCUGUCUCCCAACAAGGUGAGAAUAAGGAACCAAGUGAACCAACUCCGGCUCAUGCAGCAGCAGGUGAUGCAACACCAACUCAAUCAUCUCGGGAUGUUGAUGGGAAGAAAGAGCAAGUAGGAUUUGAGAAACGGGCAAAGUGCAGGUAUUGUGGUACUGACCUUGCUGCUGAUUCUUCUUUUAAUGGUACCAGUACUUUGCGUAGACAUGUAGAAAAAGUGUGUAAGAAGUAUCCUGGUAGGGAAAAUUUAGAAGAAACUCAACAGGUGUUGAUUAGUGAUGGACAAACUGAACCUACCUUAAAUGUUAGCAAAGGCUGGUCACAAGAAGCUUGUGUCCAAGCUGCUUGUGAAAUGAUAGUUAUAGAUGAACUACCAUUUAGCCAUAUUGAGAAUGAGGGGUUUAGGUGGUUCUGCAAGGUAGCUAUUCCUCGAUUUGAGGUGCCUUCUAGGAGAAAAAUAGUAAGAUGCUUCUUGGAGAUGUAUGAGAGGAAGAAAGAGGAGCUUAGGAUGCAUUUAAGUGGCCACAGAGUGUGUUUAACUACAGAUACUUGGACAUCUGUGCAGAACAUCAACUACAUGGUGUUAACAGCACACUUCAUAGAUCAUGGUUGGAAAUUGCACAAGAGAAUCCUAAAUUUUUGUGUGAUUCCCAGUCACAAAGGCACAGCAAUAGGAAAGCUGUUAGAAACUUGUUUGGUGCAGUGGAAGAUAGAUAAGGUUUUGACUGUGUCUAUUGAUAAUGCUAGUGCAAAUAAGGUUGCAAUUGAUUAUUUGAGAAGGAAAAUGGCAGGAUGGAAGAACCCCCCAAUUUUUGGUGGCAAGUUCAUGCAUGUGAGGUGUUUGGCUCACAUCUUGAACAUUAUAGUGAGGGUUGGACUGCAUAUAAUGGAUAGAAGCUGUGCAGCAAUUAGAAAUGCUGUGAAAUAUAUUAGAAGCAGUUCAAGCAGAUUGAACUGCUUUAAGCUAUGCGUUGAAAAGGAGACGCCUGAAUGUCAAAGAAUUCCUGUGUUGGAUGUUCCAACAAGAUGUAAUUCCACAUUUCUCAUGCUUGACACGGCUUUAGAGGUGCGGCCAGCUUUUGAUAGGCUGGCUGAGGAGGAGGACCAGAAGUACUCGGGCUACUUAGAUGAAGAUGAGGAGCUUGAGGAGGAAGAAGACAUUGAAAGUUCAGUUCAGAAAAAAUCAAAAACUGCAAGAAAAAGAGUAGGGCCACCUGUUGAUGCAGAUUGGGAUAAAGCUGAAAUUUUUGUCAAGUUCUUGAGGGUUUUUUAUGAUGUCACAAUGAGAAUUAGUGCAACCAAAAACCCCACUGCUCAUAAGGCUUUUCACGACAUUGUGGCGAUACAAGCUGAGAUUGAUACCCUUUUUGUGGAGCUUGAGAUGAGUGAUGGAAGUGAAACUGAAAAAAUAAUGGUUGACAUGGCAGUGAAGAUGAGAAGCAAAUUCAUAAAGUAUUUUGGAAGCAUCGAUGAUAUGAAUAAGCUGUUAUUAGUGGCCCUAGUCUUGGAUCCCAGGUUCAAGUUGAAGAAUAUAAGUCAUAUUUGUACUGAAAUGCUAAGUUACGAUGUCGAAACAGUGAAAGCAAAGUACAAUGAAGUGAAAGAGUUGUUGCUGUCCUUGACUGAUCUGUAUGCAAACUCAAGCAAUGCCUCUUCAAAGAGUAAAAGCAGCACUGCAACAAGUUGUGUGGUUUCCACUAGUACACAAGCAACAGCCACAUCUUCCAAGUCCAAGGACAAGAAAAAAAUUAGUGGGAAAAUGGCUGACAUGUUAGAAGGGUGGCAGCGAGCCCUAGCAGAAUCUGAAGAAGUUGUGGUGGAGAGUGAAGUGGAUAGGUACCUCCUUGAUCCAAUGGAGAAGCCCAAAGAAGAUGAAGAUUGGCAGCUGCUUACAUGGUGGAAGAUGAAUGGCUGCAAAUAUCCAAACCUCGCAGCCGUUGCAAGGGGUGUACUUGGAAUCCAAGUCAGCACAGUCGCAUCUGAGUCUUGCUUCAGUACAGGUGGCAGAGUGAUUAGGAGUUCUUUAACUCCUGAAAGUGUGGAAGCAUUAAUUUGUUUGCAAAAUUGGAUAAGGAAAAAAGAUCAAUCUGACAUUGAAUAUUAUCCAAGCAUAGAAGAGCUUGAAUUCUAUGAAAAAAAUGGAAAGAGAUGUAAUAGCAGACAAGGGAAAACAAGUGGCAGAACAAAUUGA